AUGGACGACCCGCCGCCCGCGGGGAGGGCGGCGCGCGGUUCCCCCGCGGCGACGUCGACGCGUCAACAUCGCGCGCGGUCGCUGGGGGAAAUCCGACGCCUCGCGUCCGACUCGGGCGUGGACCCGUGCCUCCUCCCCGGCGGCUCGCGGCGCCCGCGCGACGCCGCGCCGCUCGCGCCGCUCGGGCGACGCGACGCGAACGCGAACGCGAACGCGUCGUCGUCGCUCCCGAGAUGCCCGGAGAUCGCGCGCAUGGAUGCCAUCAUCGAACGCCACGGAGAACUCUCGUCGCUGCCACCGAUGGGCACCGUCCGCGCGCAUCGCGGCUGCGACGCGCACGCGGCGAACACUCUCACGUGCUGCUGCGCGUACGAGCGCGAGGUGACGCUGCGGCGGCUUCGGACCGCGCGGCGGGCGGUGGACGACGUCGUCGGCGGCAUCGCGGCGUGGCAAGCGCGCCUCGCGGGCGCGACGCGGCUUCGAAAUCUGAGGCGACGCGCGUCCGUCGCGAUGGCGCGUUGGAAAGCAAUCGCGCUGGGAACGACCGCGAGUCGGCGGAUGCUCGUGCGCGCCGCGAGGGCGUUCGUGGCGCGGCGCUCGGGGCGAUGGCUCGACGCGUGGCGCCGCGUCGCGAGGCAUCGCGCCUUGCGGCGACGCGCGGCGAGCGACGCGUACGAAUCGAGGCGCCGCGCGCGACGCCUCGCGACGACGCGCGCGUGGGCGCGCGCCGCGAGGAAAGCGAAGCUCCUUCGACGCGCGGCGACGACGAUAUACGCGCGGACGACGCGGACGCUCGCGCGUCGCGCGAUGCGCGCGUGGCGGCGGCGCGUCGUCGUGAGCGCGCGAUGCCUGGCGGCGCGGACGCGACGCGACAGGCGCGUCGCGUCGUGUGUCGCCAACGCGUGGCUUCUCGCUGUUCGCCGUUCAAAGGUUAAGGCGACGCUCAGAGCGCGCGUCGCCGCGGUGUUCGAGCGCGCGGCGCGCGCGAAGGCGUGGCGCGGCUGGGUCGACGCGGUACGCUCGUCCCGCGCGGAGAAGCGCGACGACGACGACGCGGCGCGGUCGUCCGAGGUUGCAAAGUUGCGCCUCGCGCUCGAGGGCGCGCGGCGCGCGCGCGCGGCGGAUCGCCGCGCGUAUCUCCUCGACGCGGCGUCCGAAGAGCGCGCGCGGGUGCGCGCGUUCCAGGACGCGGUCGCGGAGAAGGAGAAGGCGGCGAGCGCGAGGGCGGAGAGGGCGUUCGCGAGGGUGAAGGUGGGGGCGACGCGCGCGGCGACGGCGCUGGAGGCGAGGGCGAGGGAGACGCUGUCGGCGGCGGAGCGCAAGCCGCCGUUCGUGCCCGGCGGGAAGAACGGCGCGGGCGGCGGCGCGCGCAGUAGGGCUCGAGCCGGCGGCGAGAAGUCGUCGAAAGCGAAAGCGGCGACGACGGCGACGACGUCGACGAAGAGAGGACGGGCGAAGGCGGCGAAGGCGUCGUUUAAGGACGCGUGCGACGCCGAGGAACGAAAGAUGUCCGCCGCCGCCGCCGCCGCCGCCGCCGCCGCGAGCGGGCGGUUCAGCCCCGACGAGGCGGAGUUAGAGGCGUACGGUCCGAGCGGGUCGCCCGCGCGGAGAGCGUUAUCUCGGUCCGGGUCCGGGGUGUCGUUCGCCGGCGGCGACGCGCGGCGAAGGAAGAGCUGGUGGUCUCCCGCGCGGGACCCCGGCGGCGGCGACUCGAUCGACGACGACGAAGACGAAAACGAAGAAGAAGAUUCCCCCGAGACGGUCAGGCAGCGGAAACUCGCGCACGACGCGUGGAAGCGACGCGUCCGCGCCGCGGAGGGCGUCGUGCGCGACGCGAGCGAGAUCGCGCGCGCGGCGUCCAUCGCCGCUCGGAAGAGCCGCCUGAGGUUCGAGAAGCUGGAGGGGGGGACGGCGGCGGAGGCGGAGGAGGAGGGUUAG